AUGCCGCAGCGUUACCUGGUCAAGCCAGCACGUGGCUUUCAUAUAACCUUUUUGGAAUUGAUUGCCUGCCUCAACGCUACCUUGUCGACUUGCUACCGGGCACACACACGAAACACGUGGCGUCCAACGACACUCCUUUCCGUUAACCAUACAUGCCUGCCAGGGCUGGAAUGGGGCGGGCGGGCGCGCGCGGGGAAAAGAAGAGUCUGGGGCAGCGGCAGGGGUAUCGGCCUCGAAAGAGGAGAAAGUUACGGGUUCCGGGUCGGGUAUCCGGUGGCCUGGCCGCCGGCGGCUGGAAACUGGAGGCUGACUGGUCUUCAGCCCCUCACCCUCAAGCUGGUCGGUCUAAUAGGGUGA